UCUUAUAAGGGCAAUAAUUUUUUUCUCUUCCCAAAAUUUGUUUUUCCAUUUAGUAGGAGUGAGGAGAAGAUAGGUUGUAUGAAUAUUUCACCUGAAUUAUGGGCACAUAUUCCAAUUUUUGAUCCGAAACUUGUGCUUGGAUCGGCGUUUUAAACGCAGUUCUUUGCGGUUAAGGCACUGGACCGUUCCAUGGUUCCAAUUCCGGACACUUACAAAAUUUUGGUGGUUCUAUGGUUUUCGGAACCUGCUUCCAGAACUGGGACAUUACUUGUUGGAAUUAGUGAUGUCACGGAUGUUUUACUAAUGUCAAUGAUUGGAAGUUCAAUACCCGCCCCUCAACUUAGAGAAAUUCAAUGGGAAUCAGAAGAAAUGAAAAUUGAUGCUUUUGCUCAAGUUCGACAGAUUUUGGUUCAAAUGUACAAACAAUGUAAUUUGGUACAUGGCGAUUUGAGUGAAUUUAAUUUGUUGUAUCAUUCUUCUACUGUUUAUGUAAUUGAUUUGGCUCAAGCAAUGGAUUUGUCUCAUCCGUCUUCUCUUCGUUUUCUUCACAGGGAUAUUAGUAUAUUUUUUAUAUUUUUUGUUGGACCUCAUCAUAAGAUACCCACUUGGAGCUAA